UAGAUAAACUAUCGUAGUAGAUUUUAAACUCAGUUUGUAGUAAACAGUUGUACUAUAAUUACAGGAACGUACAUAGUACAAGGUUACAAAUUGGAAAGUAUGGACAACCAGGGUUAUGUCCAAAAUGAGAAGGUUGAUCGAAGACUCAGCCUUGCAGGGAUGGAAUUACCUGGACCUGUCAGUCGAAGAAACAGCAGGGCACCACCACCUUAUGUGCCAGAAGUCCCAAAAUAUAGGGCUGAUAGAAGGCUUAGCUUGUCCGGGAUGGAAAUACCCGGGCCAGUCAGUCGCAGAAAUAGCAGGGCCCCGCCCCCUUUUGUGCCAGAAGUACCUGUAAACAGGGGAGAACGAAGACUAAGUUUAUCUGGAAUGGAAAUACCAAAUGUAGUUAGUCGGAGGAACAGCAAGUAUCAGCAAGUAGUUCAUCCUCAUCCUGUAGUAGAGGAUAAAGAAGAAGUUUCUGAGUAUUCUCCUCCAGCAUAUCCUGGAGAUAAGAAACAACCUGGAAAGGUUAAAAAGUCCUAUAAGAGGGUCAAACAAGUACUUCAAAAUAACAAGAUUACCUCAAACUUUUUUCCUCCAAAAGGAGAUGUGGCGAUUAACAUAACACUGAUGAUAACAGUUGUAAUCAUAUUUCUGUGUGCAAGAACAGUUUUAGGUCCAUAUUCUGCUCUUGGGGGAACAAUCUUUGCUGUCUUCAUUCUUAUCUUCUUUGCUCUGGUUGCAGGACAGAUAGUGCUUCAAGCUGCAGCUUUACUCUCUAAGAUGGUUGGAUUUGAUAUUCGUAUACCCCAGCUUCUUGGAAUGAUGGCUGUUGGGAUAUUUUGUAAAAACGUUCCAUACAAUGCCCAUGAGUUUAACAGCCCAGAAUGUCUUAACAGAUCUUUGGCACAUGGUAAUCUUUACAAAGAACUGCAUGGUAAUGACAGUCAUUUGAUUGAUCAUGAAGGCUUAAAUCUGCAUUCAGAUGACCCAAAUGCGCAUGGAGUUAUGAUGGAUGUUCAUGCCUCUUUAAAGGAAGGACAUUCUGCUAUUGUUGAUCACCUUGAAAAAACAACAGACAAUCCAAAAUUUAGCACCACAGCAAAAAUAUUCCAUGCAAAAGCUAAAGAAUUCAAAUCACCGUCUAAUGCUUCACAAGCUCUAAAGUCACAUGGGGAAGGUUUCAAACCAAUUCCAGAUUCUGAAACUCUUCAUCAUCGCGCAAGACGAAGUGGAGGUCAUGAUGAACCUGCUGUAUACCGUGAUCCUUGUGUUAAGAGAUUUAUUGGAGGUGAUGUUGAUCCAACUGUUAAAGGAAUUUUGAGAUCUGCAUGUUUAACUUUUAUUCUUCUGAUGGCAGGUCUUGAAUUGGAUCCUCCACAACUAUGGAGACUUAAAUGGAUUGUACUGAGAACUACCUUCAUACCUUGCAUAGUAGAGGCAUUUGCUGCUGCCCUGUUUUGUUAUCUGAUCCUUGGAUUUCCCUUUCUUCCUGGACUAUGCUUUGGAUUUGUUCUCUGCGGAGUAUCUCCAGCUGUUAUUAUUCCAGGAUUGGUGAAUCUUAGUCAGAGAGGAUACGGAGUAAAGAAGGGAAUACCAACACUGGUUAUUGCAACAUGUUCUGCUGAUGAUCUUGUGGCUAUUGGAGGAUUUGGAAUAGCUGCUGGAAUUACUUUUAAUCCUGAUGCAUCAAUAUCUGAUCUUGCCAGCCAUGGACCUCUUGAAGUGCUCUUGGGGAUUGCAUUUGGAAUAUUCUGGGGAUACAUCUGCCAAUGGUUUCCAAGUAAGCAGUACGAAAACUAUGUGUUCUUUAGAUGGGUCUUACUGACAGCUGGAGGUGCUUUUGCUCUGUUUGGAGCACAUAUGAUCCAUUAUGAUGGAGCUGGAGGUCUGGCUUGUGUGAUCAUGGCAUUUGUUGCCUCUAUUCAGUGGAGAAGAGAAGGGUGGGGAGAUCAUAACCCUGUUACAGAUAUCUAUAACAAGGUCUGGAUUAUCUUGUCUCCAGUUAUCUUCUCACUCAUCGGAACCAAUAUCAACGCAGAAAAGAUGGAUGGGGCAACUGUAGGAAUGGGUGUUGCUGUACUUGUCUGUUGCUUUUUAACCAGGGGAUUCUUUACCUAUUGGUCAGCUGUUUGCGGAGGAUUAGACACGAAAGAAAAAAUAUUUUUGGCCAUUUCUUGGCUCCCUAAGGCUACAGUUCAAGCAGCUUUAGGUCCGGCAUUCUUGGAAAAAGCAAUAGCAGCAAAUCUUCCAGAGUAUGUGCCAAUUGGAGAAACAAUUCUUACCAUGGCUGUCAUAUCCAUUGCAAUAAGUGCACCCAUCGGAGCCAUACUUAUCUUGGCACUUGGACCUGUACUGCUUCCUAAUGAUUUUGAGGGUGAUGAAGACGAAGAUGAGGAGGCUGGUGAGCUUGAUGUUAUCAAGGAGAACAUGAAAGAAAUCACCAAGGAAGCUCAUCACUAAUACAGAACUUGAUUAUUUAUUGCAAUGCAUCAUUUUUUGGUUUUUAUUUUUAUUAAAAAGUGAUUAUAUAAACAAUUAUUUAGCAUUUGAAUGUUAAAAAAUCAAAAGCAUAUUUAACAAAUAAUUUGGCUUCUUUUAAUAGAAAACUUUUGUUUAGCUGCAAAAGGUAAUAUAUCAUCCUCAAGUUUUCUUGUUUUUGCUUCCACCCUGUAGGUUACUUUCAUACUAUUGGCUUGGCUGCAUCAGUUCAGGGGAUGGUAAACAUAGAUACUAGAUAGCUUAACGCUUAAGAGGUUCAGAAAAUUCUUAGAUUUUGUCAUUCAGAUAAUCAUAUUUUAUUUAUAUUUGAUUCCAAUUUUUAAAAAGAGGGCAUUAUGGAUUAAAAAUUGUAUUAUGCUUUCUUUAGAUUCUUGUUUUAAAGAUUCUAUAGUAUAUGCACUACCAGAAAAAUUGGCCUGUUUUUUCAAUAAAAAGUUAAGGAAUUACUAACCACAAGAAAAUACACUUUCUUAAUAUCUUAAAAUUAUUCCCAAGGGGCAGAAUGGUCGACCCUUCUAUUAAGACAUUUAAAGAAUAAAACCUACUGUUAGAAUAAAAUAAAAUCUUUUUCGCGAUAAAUAUUUUUAUUCCACUUAAUUAUUUAAAACUAUAAGUCAUCAUUUAGCAUUGAUUACUCUAGCCUAAAAUAAUAUCUGUAUUGUUCCUAAUUCUAAAAUAAGGUGUGUUAAUUGUCUUUAAAAGGUUAACAUUCACUUUAAAUGAUAUUAAAACCAAAUCAUUGUAAUGAUAUUUUCCAAUAUAUGUUUUAUAUAUUAAUGCUGCUAAAGAAUGUAUACAACAUGAAACACAGUGUCCAGCAAUAACCAAUCUUAAUAAAGAA